UCAUAUGACAGUCAUUCGUCUGCAUUCAAGAAAUAUGGGUGUUACAAUGGCUCUAUUUUAUCUAACUCUUGUUUUAUCAAUCCUAGGUGCAAAUGGCGCUGGAGAGUUUAGUAUCCUCCAUAGCCCUGAGUCCUUAAAAUUCACGGGUACGUCCGAAGUCGAGGAAAGCUUACUUAAAGAAAUAUUCUCGGCUUCUUUUGGUCUAUCCGUUGAUCAGAACUCUGCAUGGAAUGGAUUAUCAAUAGUAGAUCCCUUCAACACCCCAGAAGCGAUUGUGGAAGUUUAUGUCGAAGGUGUAUCUAGCCUUGGUAGUAUUGUCGAAGCGAAAGCGAGAAACUAUCCACUAGUGGUAGAUGAGUAUGAGCCAGACACAUUCAAAGUCAUCAAGCACAGAAUUGAGCAACGAUUCAGUAAUGGUGGUAAUACCCUUACAAAUAUCCAGCUGUCUAACCCUGGAGAGUUCCAGUCUUUCUUUGGUGUGUUCGGUGAAUUGGCACCACCAAAGGUCCCGAAGCAAACAUUACAACAUUUGAAAAAUGAUGUUGAGGAAGACUAUCAAUUUUUGGCUGAAUUGGAGGCUUUGAAACUUUUCAUUAGCAAGAUCAACGCAGGAGCAAUCAGCCCAGACAACAUAAUUGAUUUCUACAACUUCAGAUUCCGCUCACUGCAUGCCUUGUCCGAUCUCCACGGUCCCAACUCAUUGCAGGCUAAGGAGGCAAAGAAACUUUUAGGCGAAGCGCUGACCGAGCUGAGCAAGGCGUUCACGAAGGCGUACGACGGCGCAGUGCUGGUGACUGCGGUGUGCACGGACGUGGCGCACACACGUCGCGCUGUCCGCUCCGCCCGCCUGCCCCGUCAGGCGUCCUCACCGGCCACACCCGGGCCUGACACGCCAAUGACGCCGUCCGGCGCGGGCACGCCCUCCCCCAGCGCCAACCCUUCCACCAGUUACUCUGCUGACUAUGCGGCCAUCUUCAACAUCUUGCUGUGGUUCGGCGUGGUGUUUGUGUUCACCCUGGUCGCCAUCGUGUACGCCAUCAUGGACAUGGAUCCCGGUAGGGACUCCAUUAUCUACCGCAUGACCAGCACCAGGAUGAAGAAAGAUAAUUAAACCGCAUUACUGUUUCUGAAGCCUUUACACACAGGGCACUGCAGUUGGGUUAGUACUGCUAAUUUAACUCGCAAAACUGGUUUGCAGUAAGUGCGCGUUCCAAAAAAAACAAUAACAGUACUGCAUCUUUUACUGCUCUGCACUCGUGUGAAACUGGCAUUAGCGAGACUUGUAGUCGGUAUAGUAGUGUUGCUUCGUUACGUAAAUACAAUUUAUGGGUAUUUAUUCCCAUUUUCAGAGUAUAAAUUAAAUUAGCGACACAUUUUAUGUAUAUAAGUGUAAAUUAUGUUUAUUUUACUGUGUGAUAUGUAAUUUGUUGAAGUGAGAUGGUUGCAUUCUGGUUUUUAAUUUCAUUUCAAUACAUGAAGAUUUAGUAUUAUGUUUGACCUAUUUAAAUAUUAUUUAAUAUACGAUAAUAUAUAAAAUGUUAUAUACUUAGCAGAUCCAAUUCUUUAAAUGCAAUGUUAAAUAGGUUAACGUUGAAAAUAAAACAAUAGA